AUGGCGGCGGAGGUGGAUUUCGGCGACCUAGAGCUGUUCGAGGCGUUUGACCACCUAGAGGAGUCGACUCCGAAGCCAGUUCACACCCUCUUCAAGGAUGACGACGGCGACGAGGAGGACGAGAAUGGGGUCGGCGACGCAGAGCUGCGGGAGCGGCUUCGGCAGUACGAGGAAACCAUCGAGCAGCUCCGCGCCGAGAAUCAGAAACUUAAAAGAAAAUUGAACAUUCUGACUCGACCAAGUGGAAUAUUGGUGAACAAUACUAAAUUAGAUGGACCUUUAUUUCAGAUUCUAUUUAUGAACAAUGUUAUUUCAAAGCAAUAUCAUCAAGAAAUAGAGGAAUUUGUAUCAAAUUUAGUAAAAAGAUUUGAGGAACAGCAGAAAAAUGAUGUGGAAAAGACUUCCUUUAAUCUUUUGCCCCAGCCUUCCAGUGUUAUGCUAGAAGAGGAUCAUAAAGUGGAAGAAUCCAGUGCUGUUAACAAUAAGGAAGCUUUUAGUGUUGUAGGAAGUGUCCUGUAUUUUACUAAUUUUUGCCUUGAUAAAUUGGGGCAACCGCUACUAAAUGAAAACCCUCAGCUUACGGAAGGAUGGGAAAUACCCAAGUACCAGCAAGUCUUCAGCCACAUUGUUUCUCUAGAAGGGCAAGAAAUACAAGUAAAGGCAAAAAGGCCAAAGCCUCACUGUUUCAAUUGUGGUUCUGAAGAGCAUCAAAUGAAAGAUUGCCCAAUGCCUCGGAAUGCUGCUCGAAUAAGUGAGAAGAGAAAAGAGUAUAUGGAUGCCUGUGGUGAGACAAGCAAUCAGAAUUUUCAGCAGCGAUACCAUGCAGAAGAAAUAGAAGAAAGAUUUGGAAGAUUCAAGCCAGGAGUUAUUAGUGAGGAGCUUCAGGAUGCGCUGGGUGUGACGGACAAGAGUCUUCCACCUUUUAUAUAUCGAAUGCGCCAGCUAGGAUACCCACCAGGCUGGCUCAAAGAGGCCGAACUAGAGACCUCAGGGCUUGCCCUCUAUGAUGGAAAAGAUGGUGCUGAUGGAGAAACAGAAGCUGGAGAAGUACCACAAAAUAAAAGUGUCACUUACGAUCUCUCGAAAUUGGUAAACUAUCCAGGUUUUAAUAUAUCUACUCCCAGAGGAAUUCCAGAUGAAUGGAGGAUGUUUGGUUCCAUACCAAUGCAGGCAUGUCAGCAGAAAGACGUGUUUGCCAGUUACCUAACUUCUAACUUCCAAGCGCCGAGUGUGAGGUCCAGCAGCAAGAGGUCUUCAUCUCUGCCCAGGCCUAGUAGCCCAAAGAAGCAGAAGAAGGAAGGCAGCUUGGCAGCGUCGCCCGCUGACAUGGAGCUUGACUCGGAUGCAGAGGUCCCGCACGGGUCCCCGAGCAGUGAAGCUUUUCAGUUUCAGCCCCCGCUGCCCCCUGGCACACCUCCGCUCCCCCGGAGCACCCCUCCACCCAUCUUCACGCCUCCGCUGCCCAAGGGCACCCCGCCGCUCACUCCCAGUGACUCACCCCAGACCAGAGCGACAUCUGUGACUAUGGACGAGGACACUUUGACUCUGGAGGAACUUGAAGAACAGCAGAGGCGGAUCUGGGCGGCCCUCGAGCAGGCCGAGAGCGUAAACAGUGAUUCUGAUAUUCCUGUUGACACACCUUUAACCGGGAAUUCGGUUGCCUCUUCACCGUGCCCGAAUGAGCCUGACCUCCCUGUCCCAGAGGGAAAAACAUCUGAAAAGCAGAUGUCAGAUGAGGCUGAGGUGCCAGACACCAGUACAGAGAAGUCAGAAGUUGAACAAACCUUGAGUCCAGAUUCUGAGGCUGCCUUGCCUGGCCAGAAAGAAGAGGAAGAGCCGGCUCAGGUAGACUCUAAAGGUGCUCUUGACAGCGGCAGGGUCGAGUCAGACUGUGAGGUCAAGAAUGGAGGCAGCAGCCAGAAGCUCCUUCAAACGGACACCAGUUCUGGAACAGCCACUAAAAUCCAUAGCCCUAUCCCUGACAUGAGCAAGUUUGCAACCGGAAUAACCCCAUUUGAAUUCGAGAACAUGGCGGAAUCUACUGGAAUGUACCUCAGGAUAAGAAACCUGUUAAAGAACUCGCCCCGAAACCAGCAAAAAAACAAGAAGGCUUCUGAAUAA